AUGAUGGUGGAUUUGGCCUUUGUGCUUGUGCUACUUUUGAAUGCGGUGAUAAUCGAUGGGAAAGUGGAUAAACACGUGGAUAAGCAUGAUGGGCAUGUACAUGAAUUCACGGAACCGGCAGCGGCACAUGAACAUAAGGCAUAUCACGACCAUGAAGAUGUAUUCGGCGCCAAAAUGUACAAAACACUUUUCAAAGUGAAACAUCGCGAACAACUAAGUGCAAUAAAACACAUGAUGAAAAUGGAUGAACAGAAACGUGAGAAGCUCGUACUGGAGUUGAUCCUCAGUAUCGUCAAGGUUCAUAUUAACAUAAUGGUUUUUUCAAGUUUUCACAGAAAACUAAGUUUUAUGUGA